AUGAAACGUUUUUGCGACAGAUUUUUAUUAAAGUAUUCAAAAACCGUCGAUAUUAGGACGGAGUUCGAUGACGUCACGGCCGCGGCUUUGAUGUACCAGGGGCUCUUCGGUCAACAGGUCCUUGACCCCGAGUGGACAUGGAGGAAGCACUUCGUCCACCAAUUACUCAAUCUGUGUCUAUUCGUGUACGUGUUCUUCGGCACGCUAGAGUGCCUGAACACGACGACCGAUAUAGAGCUCAUCGCUGAGGCUUUUUACACGCUGAUAUUGAUCGUAUUUUUCCCAAUCAAGAUGCUGCUAUUCAUCAAAAACAGAUUCGUUUUCAGAAAACUGUAUGCCACAGCCAAGCUUACGCUUAUGGAGGUGAUCAAAGCGGACCCUGACUCCGACGUCAGUGACGUACUGAAAACCAUCAAGAGAAUGGUCUAUUUUCUAUUCUCGACAUUCCUGAUCCCGUGCUUUUUAUACGAGUUGACGGCUCUUUGGAACUACGUCGGGGGUCAUCGAACUCUGCUCUCUAGAUCCACGGAGACGUUGAUGCCUAUGACGUCACCGUACUACGAGGUGGCGUGGUUCCUCCACACGAUAUUCCUGUUCGAGAUAUCGUCCACGAUGAUUCUGGACCUGUGGUUCGUUCUGCUCAUAUUCGUGUUCUACAAGUCUGUUGACGCCCUAAUCAAUAUUCUGGGAAAUGAGAAGGAAAUGUAUCGCGAAAGAUUGGGGGAGAAAUUGAAAAAGUUUUAUGCGGUUCAUGUGCUACAAGUCGAGUACAUGAACACCCUAACCAGUAUGUACAAGUGGCUGGCCUUCGUGCCGCUCUGUAACGCUGCGAUGGGCAUGUGCGUCAUAUUGCUUCUGAUGAGCAAUGAAUUAAAUUGGAAAUUCGCCCCGCACAUGCUGCCGAUGUUCGCAGAAAUAUUUGCGUACAAUUGGUUCGGCGAGCAGAUUAAAACAAAGGCACAUCAGUUACAAGACUGCUUAAUGAAUUUUGACUGGAUACAUUUAAAGGAGGCGGAUCGUCGUUCCUACUAUAUAAUGAUGACUUAUAUGAACAAGGAGUUUGGUAUUCGAACCGCUAUCGGGAGUCUGUCUCUAGUGACUAUGACAACGGUUUUGAAGUUAAGUUACCAAACGUUUACAGUUCUACGCACCUACAACAGUUAGACAAGACAAAAACAUAAAGCAAAAGCAG